GCCGUUAAGGGGUGGGUCGGUUGCGCUCUGCGCACGCGCUGCCUGUGGCGGCUUCAGCCUUUCGCGGACGGCAGCCGCGUGGAGACAAACUUAUGCAGCGCCAGCCGCGGUAACGACCCUCGCGGCCAAUGCGGAGUCUUUGACGGGACGGCGAGCGCCGAGGGACACACCAGGUCGGAAUGGCGGCCAAGCGGAUCACCCAGGAGACGUUUGACGAUGUUGUGCAGGAGAACAUCAGCGACCUUGGCAUGGAUCCGGAAGAGGCCGUGAUCGAAGCCGUCCAGCAGUUUGAGUCUCAAGGUGUUGACUUAAGCAACAUAGUGAAGACAGCCCCCAAUUCCGCCUCUGUGGAUGGGGAAGAGCCACAGCAUGCUGUUUUGCAGACGCUGGACUCCUUGCAGAAGGCAGUUGCUGAUGCCGACUCGGGCGCGGUGGACGAGCUGCUGGUGAGCUUUGCGGAGCAGUGCCGGCAGGAGAUGGCCGUCCGCUACUUGGCGGGGCAGAAGGGCGCUUAUCCUGCCGUGCUGGCCGCCUGCCGCCUGGCUUGUGAGGAAGGCUGCUCCCUCCUCAAAGCCCUCCGCGCCCUCUCCGCCCUCCUGGACGGCCAGCCCGACUUCCUCGAUGCCCCCGGGCAGGAGCUGCUUCUGCGGGUCUUGCGGGAGCGGCAGGACGAUGGCGACCUGACCUUGGCCACGAUCCGCUGCGUCCGGCAGGCGUCCCUCAAGCACGAGCAGAACCGGCAAGACCUGGUGAAAGGCGGCGUCCUCUCCCUGCUUGUCAGGGCCGUUGUCCGCCAUGGGGACCGGGCCGAUGUGGUCCGGGAGGCCUGCGCGGGGCUGCGCUUCAUGACCUUCGACGACGAUAUCCGGGUGCCCUUUGGCCACGCCCACGAGCACGCCAAGAUGAUCGUGACAGAGCACGGCGGACUGAGGGUCCUCAUCGAAGCCGCCAAAGCCUUCCCUGACGACUGCAGCGUCCUGAGGGAGAUCUGUGCCACUCUGGGGCGCCUCUCUGUCCGGAACGAGUUCUGCCAGGAGAUUGUGGACCUGGGCGGUUUAAACUUCAUGGUGGCGCUGCUGGCCGACUGCAUUGACCACCAGGACCUGGUGAAGCAGGUGAUGAGCGCCAUCCAGGCGAUCGCGGGCAACGACGACGUGAAGGACGCCAUCGUCAAUGCCGGAGGGACAGACCUCAUCGUGCUGGCCAUGACUCGGCACCUCGGCAGCCCUUUGGUGUGUGAGCAGAGUUGUGCGGCCUUGUGCAUGCUGGCGCUGCGGAAGCCCGAGAACUGCCGGGUCAUCAUGGAAGGGGGCGGGGCCUUGGCAGCGCUGCAGGCCAUGAAGAUGCACCCCAAGGAAGCUGGCGUGCAGAAACAAGCCUGCAUGCUGAUCCGCAACCUCGUCUCCCACACUCGGGAUUUCUCCCAGCUCAUUCUGGAAAUGGGCGCUGAGGACUUGAUCGCCGAGGCCCGGGCCGCCCACCGGACGUGCGAGGACGUGGCCAAGGCCGCCUUGAGGGACCUGGGCUGCCAGGUGGAGCUGAGGGAGCUCUGGACGGGCCAGAAGGGCAGCCUGGCGCGUUGACACCUGGAGACGCCGGGAAACGGGGGGUUGGAAGUGGUGGGGAUGAGCGGAGAGCAAGAUGGACUUGCAGAUGGGAAUAAACGCAGCCCAAGGGAGAAGGAGGGUGUUGGCCUUGGCUGCCAUUAGCUGCACAGGCCCCGGAAAUUCACCGGUGCGCCGCCAUUUACUUUUCUGAGCCAAGUCUUCUGUGUGGUCCUGGUUGUUAUUUUAAAUAUCUGCCGCUUCAAGAACUUGACUGGACGACCCUAGAGAAUGGAGUGGCGCCUGCAGAGAAAGCUUCCCUUUCUAUAAAAAUCUCCAAGAGCAAAAGGCAGCAACAAUGGUGCGGGGGGGGGGGGGAGGCUGGCAGGCUGCUUUUCCAUUUACAGUUGUAUUUUGGCCCUACCCUGGCUCUCCAUAUCGCCAGGGCAGGGCUGGGCCUGGCAGGCUUCUCCAGCUUCAAUUAGGCAACCACUGCUCCCUGCUGUCCUCCAUUCUUCUUCCAGAUGUGCCAUCCUCUGGCCCUUGGCCGUUCUUUUUCCUCUUGUGUCAUCAUGCUGCUGGUUUAAAGCAAUCAUGUGCCUGUCUCAUUUUUGUUCUCUACGGUUCUCCUCUUUGGUCUCAUGAUAGUUACAAGAAAGGAGAUUCCAACUAAACAUUAGGAGUAACUUUCUGUUGUUGGCAAGAUCCGUUCGGCAGUGGAAUGGUCUCCUUUGGGAGGUUGCAGACUCUCCUUCCUUGGAGGUUUGGAAGCAGAGCUUGGAUGGCCAUCAGCUGAGAUUCCGGCAUUGCAGAAAGUUGUACUAGAGGACCAGGGAAUCUCUUCCUACUCAACCAUUCUCAUUCUAGUUGGAUAAAAGUUGGCUCUCUCA